AUGGUUUGUAAACUUCACAAAUCCAUUUAUGGUCUUAAACAGUCCAAAUCAGAUUAUUCACUUUUCACCAAAGGUUCUGGUAACACCUUCAUUGCUCUCUUGGUCUAUGUAGAUGACAUCCUCAUCACUGGAUGUAAUCAGCUGGAAAUCACUUCCUUUAAAAGUCUCUUACAUUCUCAAUUCAAAUUAAAAGAUCUUGGCAAUCUGAAGUAUUUUCUUGGGCUGGAAAUUACACGUUCUAAAAAGGGUAUUUUUUUUAUCACAAAAAAAUAUGCUCUACAGUUGCUUGAGGACUCUGGAUUUUUAGCAUGUAAACCAGCUAUGUUACUUAUGGAUCCAAAAUUAAAACUCAGUUCUUUGGAAGGUGAUCUUGUUCUUGAUACUUCUAUGUAUCGCAAAUUGAUCGGUCGUCUUCUCUACCUCACUAUAUCUAGGCCAGAUAUCACCUAUGCUGUCCACAAGUUAAGCCAAUUUGUGUCUUGGCCCAGGAAGCCUCAUCUGGAUGUAGCUCAUCACCUUUUACAGUACAUCAAGGCAAGUCCUGGUCAAGGAAUUUCGUUCUCAGCCCAUUCUUCCUUUCAACUGCGCGCAUUUGCUGAUACGGACUGGGGCGCUUGUCUUGAUACGAGGAAGUCUAUCACUGGUUUUUGCAUAUUCCUUGGUGAUUAUAUGAUUUCUUGGAAAGCCAAGAAGUAG